GUAGUCAGUCAUUGUGAUGCCACUCUUUAACAAGAAAUUCGAAUCGAAGCCUAUACCAGCGCGUGUGAGUCGCUGUAAUAUUGGCUUUCCGGUCGUGAACGAGGACAUUGAGGAUUUUCGUAACAUCUCAUUGAGUUUGGGCAACAAGAAGCUGCGUUUCGCCGAUGGCAUUUGGAUGCAUUCGGCGCAUAAAGCAGACGUGGAUGACAUGCUACGCUUAAACAAGAAAUUCCGAGCUCUAGAGGAGGAGAAUAACAUGUGUAACUUGAAGAUAGAAGUUAUGCUAGAUUUGUUAGCUGAGCAUGCCACAGAGCUCAAUGACUUGAAGCCCAAGGAGAAGUAGCGAAAGCUGUCAAGCUGUCAAUUUGUAAGCAUUAAUUGUAAUGAAAAGUGAAAUAAAAAGUCGAAACUGUAGAGGUUCAGUAAACUCAUACUGCCUGAUUU